CCGCCCCCUCCUCGCACCGCCGCGAGCUCUUCUGUAUAGGCCGGCCGGCCUAUUUCAAGGCGAGGGCCUGGCUCGUGCGGCUCUCGCGCCGCCCUGGCUCCUCCCCUUUCCCCGCCUCCCUUUCCGCCAGGCCGGCCGCCCUGCUCUCUCAGAGGCUUAAGCCUGCUUUGGGUUCCUUCCUCAGUGGGUGUCAGCCUAGGCCUCGCCGGGCCCCGCCCCUCCUCCUCCACCCCCGGCGCCCUCUCUCUCCUCUCGCCCCCUCCCUCUUCCAGCUCCCAGUUGUCAAUCAGGCGCUGGCGCUGAGGCCAGGCGGCGACGGCGGGAGGAGAGACGGGCACCUACGCCACAGCCCAGCGGCGGCCAUUCGUGGAAAAAUAGGCCCGCCUGCUCCUCCCAGCUCCGGCAGCGACCGGCCUUCUCGCCGCCGCUACACCCCCAGCACCCCGCCCUCCGUCCCUCCCCUCCACCUCCUCGAGCCGCGCCUCAGCGGGCGUUAAUGCGGGAUGAGCGAUCAAAAGAAGGAGGAAGCUAUGCCCUCGGAGGGAGAGAAAUCUCCUGAGGCUGAAAACAACAACAAUAAGAAAAGCAAAACUGGAGCCUCUCAGGAUUCUCAGCCUUCUCCUCUGGCUCUGCUGGCAGCAACUUGCAGCAAAAUAGGGACUCCUGGUGAGAAUCAAGCAACUGGACAGCAGCUUAUUAUAGAUCCAAGCCAAGGUUUGGUGCAACUUCAAAAUCAGCCACAACAGUUAGAAUUAGUAACGACUCAGCUUGCUGGAAAUGCUUGGCAGCUUGUUGCGGCUGCUGCUGCUCCUCCUACUUCAAAAGAGAACAACAUCCAACAGGCACCUUCUGUUGCUUCUAGUGCUGCAAGUCCCUCCAGUAGUAACAACGGAAAUGCAUCCCCUUCAAAGACGAAGACAAGCAAUUCUUCUGCGGCAACUCCAGGACAGUUUCAAGUCAUACAAGUACAGAAUCCAGGAGGUACUGUUCAGUACCAAGUGAUUCCACAGAUUCAAACGACAGAAGGUCAACAAAUUCAGAUCAAUCCUGCUACUACUACAACUCUGCAAGAUUUACAGGGUCAAAUCCAGCUCAUCCCUGCAGGAAAUAAUCAAGCUAUUCUUACAGCUACAAAUAGGACAGCUUCUGGGAAUAUUAUUGCUCAGAACUUGGCAAAUCAAACAGUGCCAGUCCAGAUUAGGCCUGGUGUUUCUAUUCCAUUGCAGCUGCCUAUUGCCGGCACUCAGGCACAAGUUGUAACUUCAUUGCCUAUAAACAUUGGGGGAGUGACUCUAGCAUUACCUGUAAUAAAUGUUGCUGCUAGCGGUAGUACUGGACAGGUUACACAGUCCAGUGAUAGUGGAGUUUCCAAUGGAAAUCAGCUACUGUCCACACCUGUCACAACCACUGCUGUUAGUACUAUGCCAGAUUCUCCUUCUUCCACUUGCACAACUACUGCCUCCACUUCGCUUACAAGCAGUGAAACUUUAGUAAGUACAGCAGAAACAGGCCGGUAUGCAAACACAGCAACAAGUUCUGAGUCUAGUACUGAAGAACCUCAAACAGCCACAUCAGAAACAGAGACUCAGAACUCUAGUCAGUCUAAUGGAUUGCAAAAUGUGCAGGAUCAGACAAACUCACUGCAGCAGGUGCAAAUAGUAGGUCAGCCUAUUCUGCAGCAGAUCCAGAUCCAGCAGCCACAGCAGCAGAUCAUUCAGGCUAUUUCUCCACAGUCUUUUCAGCUCCAGUCGGGACAAACUAUUCAGACAAUUCAGCAGCAGCCAUUGCAAAAUGUUCAGUUACAAGCAGUGAGUCCAACUCAAGUUCUCAUAAGAGCACCAACUUUAACCCCAUCAGGACAGAUCAGCUGGCACACAGUACAGGUCCAAAAUCUUCAAAGCCUUUCAAAUCUUCAAGUACAAAAUGCUGGAUUGCCCCAGCAACUAACCAUUACCCCUGUAUCUUCAAGUGGUGGUACUAUAGCUCAAAUUGCACCAGUAGCUGUUGCUGGUACACCAAUAACGCUAAAUGCUGCCCAGAUUGCUUCAGUGCCUAAUCUUCAAACAGUAAGUGUAGCCAACUUGGGUGCUGCAGGUGUUCAAGUGCAAGGAGUUCCAGUCACCAUUACAAGUGUUGCUGGUCAACAACAAGGACAGGAUGGAGGCGUAAAAGUACAGCAAGCUACACCAACUCCUGUCACUGUAGCAGUAGGAGGCAUCACAAAUGCAGCCAUUGGUGCUGUUAGUCCCGAUCAGAUAAUUCAGGUGCAGUUGCAUGAAGCCCAGCAAGCUUCUGAUCAAGACGUGCAACCUGGCAAAAGGUUAAGAAGAGUUGCUUGUUCAUGCCCUAAUUGCAGAGAAGGAGAAGGAAGAAGCAGUAAUGAACCAGGAAAAAAGAAGCAACAUAUCUGCCAUAUUGAAGGUUGCGGAAAGGUUUAUGGGAAAACAUCUCAUCUCCGGGCACACCUUCGCUGGCAUACUGGAGAAAGGCCAUUUGUAUGCAAUUGGAUCUUCUGUGGGAAAAGAUUUACAAGGAGUGAUGAACUGCAGAGACAUAGGCGAACCCAUACAGGUGAGAAGAGAUUUGAAUGCCCAGAGUGUUCUAAAAGAUUUAUGCGAAGUGACCAUCUCUCCAAGCAUGUCAAAACACACCAGAACAAGAAAGGUGGGGGAACAGCCCUCGCUAUUGUUACCUCAGGUGAAUUGGACCCUUCAGUUACUGAGGUGCUCGGAUCUCCGAGGAUUGUCACAGUUGCAGCCAUUUCUCAAGAUUCAAACCCAGCAACCCCUACUGUUUCAACAAACAUGGAAGAAUUCUGAAGGAACAUUAUUCAAAUGCCUAGAGUUGCACUUAAGUUUACAUACCUUUCAAGAUACGAAAGUGGGCUGGUAAAAGUGUAUUACAGAACAGGAAAUCAUGUAGUCAGUCUUGAUUUCUGUAAGUAUUCCAAGUUGGAGGACUAGCACAGGAAGUGUACUUUGUAUAACAAGAUAAAAAAAAUAAUCAAAAAUAAAUACAGGGCCAAUUGUCAUAGAUAAAUUAUGGAUACAGCAGAUGAAGAAAAGAUUGCUUCCACACUGUACUAAUUUAUGUAGCUAUAUCACGAAAAUGAUUUUAAUUGGAUUUUCCUUCUCUUCACAUUCUAUGUAAAUGUUUGUUGUAACAACAAACAGUACAAAUAUACAACAGGUUGUCUGUUGGUUAGGGUUGUUUUCACAUGAAUGUCUCUGGAAUUUUCACAGGAACUUUCUUUCUUCAAACGGCACAACAAAAACGCAUAAUCUAGUAAAGAUGACAACUUUUUGUUUCUUUUUGGUUUGUGAAACAUAUAGUAAACCUGGCCAUCUUUGGUCAUUUUUAAAAAAUAAUUCAGAUGGCAGCAUGUUAAAUGGUUCUGAGGUGCACCUCAGAUAAUUUUGGCCACUACAUUAUAGUAGUGUGUAUAAUGACAAUCAGUAAACACAAAUUAUUCUCUAGGAGAGAUAAAGAGAUCUAUAGAGCCAGUGUACACUGUAGCAAAUAUUGAAUCUUAGAAAUAUAUUGACAUAAGAUUUUAAUUAAUUUCUAUGUAAAAGUUAAAUAUAGGAACCUAUGUGAUAAGUCCUAUACUUUUAACACAUCCCAUUUCAAGACAUGGGUGAUCCAUUGCUAAGCCUUGGUUAACUUCAUUUAUAAAAAGUGUAAUUUAAAUAUUUAAAUUUUAUUAGAAUACUUGGAAAUGGUGGGAUAUAGGAUAUUGUAGUAGACCUCAUGCACCAAUGUCAACCUUUCGUCAGUAGCAAAUACUGUGGUUAUCAUACUGAGUUCUUUAGACUUUGACAUAACAGCCAAAGAAAUGGAUGAAUACUUUCAACCAAAACUAUGAAUCUAAAUUAACCUGUUCUGUUUCUUUCAUUUCAAAAAACUACUGUCCAGGAUCCAAAAAGCUACUUUUGGCUUGUCCAAAGGCACACUCAGUAAGGUUAUUUGAACUGCAGGCCCUUGUGCCUUAUCAGAAAUUCCUUUUGAAAAUCCCCUUGGUAUCAAAAGUGGCUUGCUAUAUGGCAUUGGGGGCUGCUAUUUGAGAGGCUCAAGCCAUAAGUCACUUUGGAAGCAUAGAGGUAGUUGCAAGUGUUGUUUUGUUUUGGUUUUGUUGUUUCUUUUUCUUUCGGGGUUUUUUUUAUCCCAUCAAAAUCUUACACACACCCCCCAGUAGAUAGGCUAGCAAAUAAAAUUAUUUAAAUAUUUUUGUUGGAUCAAUAAUUUUAAUUCUUCAGAAAGAAAACAUAUUUUAAAAAUAUGACUGCUGUAUAUUGGUAGAGGUAAGCUAUUACUUCCUCAGUAUGCAUUUUGUUAAGCCAUUACAGUUCAAAAAGCACCAGUUUGUUUUUUUGUCACAGAUUCAGCUGUAGUCACUGACUACUAGUCGCCCUGGACAAAGAUGCAUAUUCCAGAUGAGGCUCACAAUGCAGGGAUAGGGAUGCACUUCCAGAUAAACAGCUGCAUCCAUAUCGUCUACACAUGCAAAUUGUUGUUUUUGUGUGUAGCUCUGCUUUUUUAGAUUGGGGCAUCUGUGCAAAUUUGAGUAUACAACAGAAAUAUGGCCAAAUAUAUUUUGGAAUUUAAAACAUUUCCCAUAGACAUAAAUAUUAUAUUUUGCAAAUCCACCGUUUGGUAAAGAUCACAUGACUUUCUGGUUUUUAUGGUUUUACACCAAAAUAUUUCGAUGAUGGAACUUGCAAGUACAGUGCAAGAAAUUAAUGUGUAUCCUUUAAAAAUUAUGAUUUAUGUUUUUAACCUUAUAUAAACUAUCAGUUUUGUGGCAUUGCAUGCAUUUUUAAAGACAAAGAUCUACCAUUUUGUACUAUGUACACUUAGGGAUGCCCAGUGUAGUGAAAUAGAAGCUGAAAGUCUUUUAUACUUUCCACUUGCAUACAUAGUAAAGAAAACAAUUUUACACAUUUCUACACUGUGGUUAUAAGUGAAAGUUUCUUAAACCUUUUGUAGGCAUUUAAUAAGUAUUUCCAUUUUAGUUGGGUUUUUAUAUAUUAUUUUGUAUAUUUUAUUUAAAAUAUUUUCAAGCUGAUUUUAUCUGGCUUUAAAACCUCAGACUCAAUUUGAUGAUACAUUUAAUACAGAUGACCAUUAAGUAAUGCUAAUUAUUAUUUUUGCAGAUCAGAUGAAGCAUCAAACACAUAUUUUAUCAUUAGGCUUCACAAUCAGUGCUAUAGAAGUAAAGCAAAUAAAAUGUUCUUAAAGAAUCAUGUUUAACUUAGUAUUUUAUUUUGUAAACAGAAGGUAUGAGUGCUCUGCACAGCUGGUAAAUAUUCUUUUUUGCAUAUUUUAUGUAUUCAGAUAGGAAAUGGAAAUUAUUUUUUAAUCUGCAGCAAAUCCCUAUUACAAGUGUAUCAAAAUCUGGUUGGCAUCACAGAAUCUUAAUAUAGAUUAAUCUGUGUUAGCAGGUGCACUUACUAUUCCUGGAAUUGGAAAGGUUUUAAUAAUCUGUUCUGCAUACCAUUCUGAGUCCACUUUUCAGUCUUAGAAGGAUCGUAAAUUUCAAUGUCCUUUAUUUGACUCAGUGGGAUGUAACUUGUAUGUAAUAGGGCACAGAUGUGCAGUAGUAGCUUAUUUAAUGCCACUUCACUGUUCAUUCCCUUUGCCACAAUUACAAGGUUUUGUUUUAUCGUACUUAUCAGUGCAAAGUGUAACUAUCAUGGUAGAACUCCAGUGUUGGAAUAGGUUUUUUCUUUUCUUUUCAAAAUGCUUUCUUGGGAUAGGGUUGUGUAUGUGUUUCCUGAUUACAUUAGAAAUUGGUGUUAAGUCAUUAUUUAUCACACUGUUUCAUGAGAGAAGUAAUAAAAGUGUGUUAUUUAGAAGAAAAGGUUUAUUUGUUAAACUUAGGUAAGCAUGAUGUUUGGGUCCUAUUUUUCAAUUUUAUAACUGUUUUAUUGCAACAAUAUUUGUAUUUAAGUCUCCCAUUUCUAAUGCCUUGUGAUUUUUUUAUGCAUGUCACUAAAUUGUCAUCCCGCAAAAAUUGAUGUGCAGCAUAGGGUGUUAAAUCUACAUAAAGAUUUUGAAACAGAAAAAAAAUAGUUGGUGGUAAAAUUGUAAAUGUUUUGCAGAAAACCUUAUAAAAAGUUUUGUAGUAAUAUUUCACUUGUAAAUUUUUUUGUAAGAAAAAGAGGGGGGAAGGGGGUGGGGAAGACAAGAAACACCCAUUCUAGAAUCUGCAAAUUAAUUCUGCCAGCAAAGCCUCUAAGGCAUUAAUUUUUACUAUGCUAAUUUGUAUACAUUUUGUGUGUUUUUGUGGAUUUGAAACUAAAAUUGUGUAGACGUUGUUGCCUGCAAUAAUACUUUGCAAGUAACCUAUUAAAAUUCUCUUGAGUUUGAAUGUA